UAACUAGCAAGCUAUCUAGUAGUAUGCAUAUUGCUUGUCGAACGGCAAGUUGACAACAUCCCAGCUAAGCUGCACAAAUUCACGAGGGUGAAAAGUGGAGUUAUUUGACAUCCUGGCAAGGCACUUCCACGUUUCUGUUUUUGUUGAUUUAUUAUUAGUAUCAUUAGCUAGAUACCGUGCCAAUAUUGUUGAAAAUGACUGGCGCUGAAGUGAUGCACGUGCCAAUAUUGUUCAAAAUGACAUUGGCGCUGUAGUGAUGCACGAGCAGUGAAAUGCAUUGCUACCCAAAUGAUUCGAUCUCUGAAAGUUUGUCGGUUGCUAUGGGCAUAACCAGUAACGUGAACAUCCCCAUCGACGUCCCCUCCCUCUAGGCCGAGCAUGUUUAAAGUGAGAGUUAGAAAAGGAAUAGUCCCAUAAUAUUAGAAUGAUAUAGCAGAGCAACAUGUCAAGAAGGCAUUCUAUAGCUACCCCUAGGCUCAGCAGCAGCUUCCUCGGCAGCAUGAGUUUGGACGGGGGAGGCAAGCCGGCCAAGGUGGGCUCGCGGGUGGAGGUGAUUGGCAAGGGCGAGCGUGGCAUGGUGGCGUACGUGGGCGCCACACUCUUUGCCACGGGCAAGUGGGUGGGCGUCAUCCUGGACGAGGCCAAGGGCAAGAAUGACGGCACCGUGCAAGGCAAGCGUUACUUCACCUGCGAGGAGAACCACGGCAUCUUCGUGCGCCAGUCCCAGAUCCAGCUGCUGGAUGAGGGUGGAAGCUCUGCCACCUCCCCGGACACCCCUGACUCUGGCAUUGCCAAGCUGCUCAAGAAAGAGGUGCCAGAGACCCCCAAAGGAGGCAAGCAGACGCCAUCAGUUAGGAAGCCCACGGUCCGGCACACCAAGUGGAGCACUCCAAGCCGCCUCACCUCAGCCAGCUCCCUCCCCUCCCUCAUAAUGCCUCCGUCUCAGUCCCAGUCUGGGCGUAGGACCUCGACCCUAAUGGAGAAUGAGCCCGCCACGCCUUCCCAGACUGCACUGGGAGCGCCAGUGGUGCCCACGCCCAGCGGUACACCUGCUGCUACUGGAGCCCCACCCCCAGCCACUACCAGCAAGGGGGAGCCUCUGUUGUCUAAGCAGGAGGAGGAGGCGCUGCGUGGCCAGGUGAAGGACCUGGAGGAGAAGCUGGAGACGCUGAAGCUGAAGCGGCAGGAGGACAAGGCCAAACUCAAGGAGCUGGAGAAGCACAAGAUCCAGCUGGAGCAGCUGCAGGAGUGGAAGAACAAGAUGCAGGAGCAGCAGAACGACCUGGCCAAACAGCUCAAGGAGGCCAAGAAGGAUGCACGGGAUGCCCAGGAAGCAAAGGACCACUACAUGGAGGAGAUGGCGGACACCGCGGACGCCAUCGAGAUGGCCACGCUGGACAAGGAGAUGGCGGAGGAGAGGGCCGAGUCCAUGCAGCAGGAGGUGGAGAGCCUCAAGGAGAAGGUGGAGGAGCUCACCAUGGACCUGGAGAUCAUCAAGCACGAGAUCGAGGAGAAAGGCUCCGACGGCGCUGCUUCCAGUUACCACGUCAAACAGCUGGAGGAACAGAACAGCAGGCUGAAGGAUGCGCUGGUCAGGAUGCGUGACCUGUCCACCUCUGAGAAGCAGGAGCACGUGAAGCUGCAGAGGCAGACGGAGAAGAAGAACACGGAGCUGGAGACUCUACGGACCCAGAAGGACAAACUGGUGGAGGAGAUGAAGCACGCCGAGGCCACCAUAGAUGAGCUGAAGGAACAGGUGGAUGCUGCACUGGGAGCAGAGGAGAUGGUGGAGACCCUGACUGAGAGGAAUCUGGACUUGGAGGAGAAGGUCCGAGAGCUGAGAGAGACUGUCAGCGACCUGGAGGCGAUAAACGAGAUGAACGACGAGCUCCAGGAGAACGCCCGCGAGACGGAGCUGGAGAUCCGGGAGCAGCUGGACCUGAAUGGAGCCCGCGUGCGCGAGGCCAACAAGAGGGUGGAGGCCGCCCAGGAGACCGUGGCAGACUACCAGCAGACCAUCAACAAGUACAGGGACCUCACCACUCACCUACAGGAAAUGAAUCGGGAGCUGACCAAUCAGCAGAAUGCCUCAGCAGAGCAGCAACAGCAGCCUCCUGCAGAGCUCUUUGACUUCAAGAUCAAGUUUGCAGAGACCAAAGCCUACGCCAAGGCCAUUGAGAUGGAGCUGAGGAAGAUGGAGGUGGGCCAGGCCAACAGGCAGGUGUCCAUGCUCACCUCCUUCAUGCCCGACUCCUUCCUGCGCCACGGAGGAGACCACGACUGCGUCCUGGUGCUGCUGCUCAUCCCCAGGCUCAUCUGCAAGGCGGAGCUGAUCAGUAAGCAGGCGCAGGAGAAGUUUGACCUGAACGGGAGCGGAGAGCGGGCCGGCCUCAGGGGCUCCCCCGGAGAGCAGCUCAGCUUCGCCUCAGGCCUGGUGUACUCCCUCAGCUUGCUGCAGGCCACUCUGCACAAAUAUGAGCAGGCAUUGAGUCGGUGUAGUGUGGAAGUGUAUCAGCGCAUUGGGACUCUGUACUCGGAGAUGAGUGUGCACGAGCGCUCGCUCGACUUCCUCAUCGAGCUGCUGCACAAGGACCAGCUGGACGAGACCGUGCAGGUGGAGCCACUAACGAAGGCCAUCAAAUACUACCAGCACCUGUACAGCAUCCACCUGUCCGAGCAGCCAGAGGACUGCACCACCCAGCUGGCCGAUCACAUCAAGUUUAUCCAGAGUGCGCUGGACUGCAUGGGGGCGGAGGUGGGCCGUCUGCGCGCCUUCCUGCAGGCAGGACAGGAGAAGGCAGAGCUCAGCCUUCUGCUGAAGGACCUGGACACCUCCUGCGGGGACAUCCGACAGUUCUGCAAGAAGAUCCGCAGAAGGAUGCCUGGCACCGACGCACCAGGGAUACCCGCCGCACUGGCAUUCCCACAGCAGGUGUCUGAGACCCUGGCUGAGUGCAGGAAGAACCUGACGCGAGUGGUGGCCGUGCUGCAGGAGGUAGCGGCGUCCGGAGCCCAGAUGGUGGCGCCACUCGCUGAGCAGGAGGGUCUGCCUGCUGUCAAACUGGAGGAUGAAGCCUUCAAAGCUGUCGAGCAGGUGUAUGGUGCCCAUGGUCUGAAUGCCCACGAGUGUCUGCGCCAGUCUUGCACCUCUGUCAUCGCAACCAUGAACAAGAUGGCCACCGCCAUGCAGGAGGGAGAGUACGACUCCGACAGGCCCCAGCGCCCGACUCCACCAGUGGAGGCUCGUGCCGCGGCCCUAAGGGCAGAGCUCACUGAUGCAGAGGGACUGGGGCUCAAGCUGGAGGACAGAGAGACCGUCAUCAAGGAGCUGAAGAAGAGUCUCAAGAUCAAGGGUGAGGAGUUGAGUGAGGCCAGUGUGCGUCUGAGUCUGCUGGAGAAGAAGCUGGACACGUCCACCAAAGACGCAGAUGAGCGCGUGGAGAAGAUCCAGACCCGUCUGGACGAGACCAUAACCCUGCUCAAGAAGAAGGAGAAGGAGUUUGAGGAGACGAUGGACGCCCUUCAGGCUGACAUCGACCAGCUGGAGUCUGAGAAAGCCGAGUUGAAGCAGCGCAUUGGCAACCAGUCACGCAUGACAAUCGAGGGGCUCCGCGCACCCCCUGCGUCCGGCAUUGCUUCCAUCGUCACGGGAACCGCAUCCAGUGGUGUAGCCGCCAGUAUGGUGGCAGGAGCGGGGGCACUGCAGGUGGUGGACAGUCCUCUCCUCAGGCAGCAGAUCGACGCCCAGAGACUCGCCAUCAAACACCUGAAGAAUGAGAACAACCGCCACAAGGCUGAGGGGAUGCGAGCCCAGCUGGCCUCCCUGCCUCCGCUGCACGUGCCAAAGAUGUCGGGGGUGACCAAAGACGGGGUGCCCCCUGACCCUACAUCCGGCUCCCUCUACCGCAAGACCGACCUGCUGCUCAGCAACCUGCUCAAGAUGAGUGCCGAGGUCAGGGUGGUGGACAUCACCGGCAAAACCUCAGUCAGUCCCAGUGCCCAGUUGAUGGAGCAGACGGCUCGGCUGCAGUCCCUAAGCGAUGCUCUGGACAAACUCAAGGGUGAGGUGGCAGAGCAUGUUGUAUCCCAGCAACCAGGGGCUCGGGUACCCUCUGAUUUUGCCACUUUCCCCUCCUCCCCCUUCGUCAAGGCGAAGGAGGAGAGUAAGAGUGGCACGGUGCUGGUAGGGAAGGUGUUGAUCCCGUGCGCUCGCGGCCAGGAGCGCUCCCACAGCCUCGUCCUAUCACAACAGCAGCUGCAGCAGGUGCAUCGCCUCCUCAUGACCUAAGUGCCCACGCUCAUCAGCGGCAACACUCUCCUCCAAUCAGAGGGCAGUAUUAGACACCAACCCCCCCCCCCCCCCCCCGCCUUCCAAAAGCGCACUCCAAUCCUGACCUUCACGCUACACUUCUCAGCCUUCCACUCUCACCACAGACACAAUUUUUUCCCAAUAAUUCCUGUUGACUCACUCAGGAAAUGCAAUGAGACAAUAGCAGGUCUAUGGAAUCCCACUUCCAAGCCAAAGAGCUAUACAGUAUAGUUUUUUUUCCAAGUCGAGAUUUUCUACACUUUUUACACAGAAUACAGACACUUGAACACACACGUUGUGUCCACAGGCUUUAAUCAACUGGAUCAGAGUUUGAACCACGUCACAUGUUUGCGUAAAGCUGUCAAAAUAUGUAAAAUCUAUUGCCACUCUAGGGUACCCCCAAGGUGUAUUUCCGUAACACAACACAACACAACACCACCCACAAAACUAGAAGCAUCUGCUCAGUUCUCGUCAGGUUUUCUACAUAUGCAAUUUUUUUAAGACACACACAAACACACACGUGUCCUUUCGUAGUCAAAGGUUCAGUCUUUCUCUUCUGCCUGACGGUCACUAAACCUUUUUUUAAUGUUUCUUGUCAGCUUUGCUAUGAAGGGCAGAUCUCUUGAGUUGAGGAGUAUUGGCAGGUGGGGAAAGCACUGUAGACAUGAAACGCAUUGCACCUACUCCGUACAUCCAUGUGUUUUUCUGAACAUUUGGGAAAUUAUGUUUGGUAUCUGUGUAGGAACAGCAGCGAGGACCAAAUUGAUACACGGCUGCUCUAUUUAUGACAACACCGCCUGUUUUACUGUCGUGCAAAGCUCAUAUAUGCCCAGUAGUCUCCAGGAAGUCAUCUCCUGGAAGCAGCCAACGCUGUGGCCAGGAUCUGGUCUGAAUCUUGGUCUUUUCUUUAGAUUUAAAACUGUAGCCUGAUAGUAACAUGUAGAACAAGUUACCGCUAAGGACUUAAGCACAUUGCGUUUGUUUGUUUGUUUUAUUAUUAUUAUUAUUAUUAUUAUUAUUAUUCUGGGAAAACUAUUUGGCUCAUGUCGGCUUUCAGUGGCUCUCCUAAAGACUAAGGAGCUAAGGAAAGAAAAGAUGCGAUAGUAGCUCUCAUUCUUGUGCAAAGGUCUGUAAGGCUUCUUCCUGGUUUGCUAUGCUACAUUGUCCUUUUGCUCUUUUGACUCUGUUUGGAUGAAGAAAAAAUAAUAAUAAAAGUAUCUUGAUUAAAACACA